GUUCAGUUCAAUAUCAGUUCUCAUAGAUAUUCUGGCUUGUUACGAAGAUGUGGAGUUCAGGAACAGAUUUCAGAAAUUUAGACUCUGAGGAUGAGAGUGUCCUUUCUUCAGAGGAGGAACAAGACAUUCAGUGUGAGAUUUUGGAGAAGCAACGGGAUGAAGCCAACCAGAGACUGUCUCAAAUGGAGGAAGCAUCCACUCAGCUGCUGAAGGAGAUAAACUUGCUGGAGAUUCAGUUUCAGAUUGAACGCUCAUGUAGAGAGAAUGCUGAAGCAGUUGCCGUAAAGGUAACAAAAGAGAACAAGGCCUUAAAGAGAAAAAGUCAGGCUCUCCUGCCCCUGAUCCCAGAGCUGCCUGAAAACCUUGCUACUCUGAACUUGGACCUAGAAGAUGACUCUGCUUCUGACUUUAACACGUCAGUGGAAUUGGCAGAAGACCCCCUUCUCAAAAGUCAGGCCCAGAUCAGAGAGCUUCAGUCCUCUGUUGAUCAGCUCUUGGGGGAGAAGAUGCAGCUGUGUGAGCAGGUAGAAGUCUUGAAAAAAGAAAAGGAAGAACUGAAAGAACAGCUUGCAAUGGAGGUUCAGGAGAAAGAGGCUAUUUUGAGGAAAUUAACUAAACAGAGUCGAACAGUGGACAAAAUGAAAAGAGUAUCCCAGCUUGUUACAGAAGAGUUUGCAGAGAUGUCACAGAAGUUGGAAAUGGAGCAAGGACUCAGGCAUCAUGCUGAAGAGUUUGCGCAACAGGUGCUGGUGAAGCAGAAGGACAGCCAGAGGCAGAGCCUGGCCCUGGUACAAAAUGAAGAGGUUGAUGCACAGCUUCAGCAAGCCCUUGAGCAGGUGGCUCAGCUCAGCAAAGCACUGGAGGAGAUACGACUGCAUCAACAACACCAGAGAAGUCAGUCUCAGGCAGUAAUGGAGGAGUUUAAUGCUCUUACUGAGCUGCAGAUGGUCAAAGCUCAGCUAGAGACCAACAUAAAGGAGAGGAUGAAGAUAGAGAAUCAUUUGAGAGACUCGCAAAACACUGUGACAGAACUGCAGGAGGAAGUUAAGCAGCUUCAGGAUAUGCUGAAAACGGUCACAAUGAAUCCUCUUAUUGAAUCUGGCCUAUCAAAUGAAGAGAAUGUCACUCCAGCACCACUUUCUUCAACUCCUUUUCCUCCACUCCCUCCUCCUCCACCACCACCACCUCCUCCUCCUCCUGUGCUCUGCACAAGUCCUAUUGACCCGUUGGAUGCUUUGAGGAACAGAAAGAAAGUUGGAAACAAUACCACUGACUUGAAGAAGCCUGCAAUGUCUGUAGAUGUGAAAGCCAGGGCAGUGGAUGAAAUGAUGGAGAGAAUUAAGAAAGGGAUUGUACUGAAACCCACCCAGAAACCCCCACAGGCUGGCUUGGAUGAAGACUCAUGGAAGGAUCAAAGAAGUGAGAAGAGGAAAUCUGCUGUCCUUGAGUUGCAGGGAAUACUGGACACCAUAAAAAAACCAGGACCCAAAAGGAUGGCAUCCAGGAAGAGGAUUAGUCGUAAUGUAGGGGAGGCGGAGCUGCUGAUGGUCUUGCAGAGGAGAAGGCGGGCAAUUGGGGAUGAUAAAGACUCCCUACCUCCUGCAGCUCAGGAUCCACAUCCUGCAUCCACAAUCACAAGCUCCUCAAAUUGGCUAGCAGAGAGUGGGAAUUCUCCUGUCCUGCGGAGGCUGAAGCAGAACCGGGAAAAUAGAAACUCACGCAUAAGAGCAUCAGAAUGUAUCAUCUGGGAAGACAAGUGAAGAUAAAGGGAGUUGAUGAUGUCUCUUGUCUUUACAUUGUUAUUAAUACGAUGAUCACAUAAGAGUUGGAACCUAAAUAAAUUUAACAUAAAUUAAGUUGGAACCUAUAGUACCCCCUGAAACUGUUGGAACUGCAAAGCUAAUUAAUUUGUUUUUUGCUGAAGACUGAGCUUUUGGGUUUGAGAUCAAAAGAUGAAUAUGAGAAAAGUGUUUAGAAUUUCAGCUUUAAUUUCCUGGUAUUUAUAUGUAGAUGAGUUAAAUGACACAGAACAUAGCACAUUUUGUAUUGAACCACACAAUUUGUAGACGAGCAAACAUAUAGGAAUAUGUGACUGACAGGUGUUUUUUGUUACCCAGGUGUUUCCUGUUAGAUCGAUUGUAUAAACA